CCGGCGGGAAACUGAUAAAUUUGGGGGAAAAAAUCCCUCCCUCCAAAAAACGAUCCAAUUUGUCCAACUUCCCCCCUUUCUCCGUCACUUUUUUUCCACCCACCUUAAACCCUAACCUCCUCUUGCUUCCUUUCUGCAUCCCAUACUCCCCGCAAUUCACCCGAAUUCCAGGGAUUCCCGAUCGCCGGAACACACGGAGCCGCAAUUGGACUGUUACAAGCGGAGCGGGAGAGCAGAGCAGAAGCUCGCUCCGGCCAAUUUCGUACUCUCUCUCUCUCUCUCAACCUCAUCGCAGCAGGCAUUUUAUCCGGUUAUCUUUCAGUCCAUGGCACUGGUCGAAGAACCGAGCGAUGAGAAGGUACUGAGGCCGAUCGUUGAAGACGACGGGGACAUCAACUUGGAUAACCAGACCGACGCACCAGUGCGUUACGUGUCGCUGGACCAGGUCUACACUGCGGCGUCGCUGUGUGUCAGCUCGGGGGGAUCGAAUGUCAUGUCCAAGAAGGUGAAAGCGCGGAAGCUUAGCUCCGACGAGGAAGAUCGGCCUCCCAAUCGGCCGCCUAUUAUAAAUGUGUAUUCUCGCAAGUAUAAGAAGGCCCGCGUGGUCGAGAAGAAACAGUCAUCUGUAGAAUCGUUGCUCGCGAGGACUGAUGUGGGGGCGGUCCUGGAAGUUAAAGUGAAGGAGGAAAUUGAAGAGUUCGAGGAUUUGGUCGUGGGUGAUUUGGGGAGGAAUGCGAAGAAGAGGAGGAUUGGGAGCAGUGAGUUGGUUAGAUUGGGGGUUGAUUCCAGUGUUUUGCAAGGAUUGGACCGCCCGCGAUUAAGGGACUGCCGGAAUCAUCAAGUGAAUGGGACCAACAAGGUUCGGAAGAAGAAGAAGAAGAAAAGUGAUAUCAUGCACAACUCUGAUAAAGUUUCGUCAAUCCCACCAAGUACCAGAAGAUGGGCUAGGUGUUGGGCAUUGAUGGCGUCGAUCCAAAAACGUUCAUCGGGCUACAAUGCAAGGCAAGUGUAUUGGCCUUUGGAUGUUGACUGGUAUUCAGGGCGUAUUAUUGGAUACAAUUCUGGGACUAAUCAGCAUCAAAUACACUAUGAGGAUGGAGAUAAUGAGUAUGUAAGGCUUUCGAAAGAAAAGGUUAAAUUUUUUAUAUCUCGUGAAGAGAUGGAGGAACUGAAACUGAGUUACAUUACAAGAAGCACCAGUGAUGGGAGCCAGGAAUACGAGGAGAUGGUUGUCUUAGCUGCCAGUUUGGAUGACUGCCAAGAACUUGAACCUGGAGAUGUCAUAUGGGCAAAACUAACUGGUCAUGCUAUUUGGCCGGCUAUUGUUGUUGAAGAAUCAGUUAUUGGCAGCAGUAGAGGUUUAAAGACAAACUUGGGCGGAAGAUUUGUCCCUGUGCAAUUUUUUGGUACCCAUGAUUUUGCUAGAAUUAAAUCAAACCAGGUUAUCUCAUUUCUGAAAGGACUUCUUUCCUCUCUCCAUCUGAAGUGCAAGCAACCUCGUUUUACUCGUAGCUUGGAAGAAGCAAAAAUGUAUUUGAGUGAACAAAAGCUUCCUGCUAGAAUGUUACAGCUGCGAAAUAGUAUGAAUACUGAUAGUUGUGGACAUGCAAGCAGUGACGAUGAAGAGAGUAAAGAUUCUGGUGACGAUUAUAUAGCAGAUGAAGGGAUACAAAGGAUAUUGAGGGGCCUAAAAACUUCUCCAUAUGUUAUUGGGGAUCUGCAGAUCAUCAACCUUGGAAAGAUUGUGAAGGAUUCUGAAUAUUUCCAGGACGACAAAUCAAUCUGGCCUGAGGGAUAUACUGCCUUGCGGAAAUUCACUUCGGUAGCAGAUCCAAGUGCAUUCACCAUUUAUAAGAUGGAAGUGCUGAGAGAUUCUGAGUCAAAGAUUAGGCCCCUAUUUAGAGUGACACUUGACAAUGGAGAGCAGAUUGAAGGUCUGUCUCCAUCAGCUUGCUGGAAUAAAAUCUAUGAAAGAAUUGAGAAACUCGAUGCACCUGGGGAUUCGAAUGGUGAAUGCCAAGUAGAAAGGACCCGUCAGUCUGGUUCUCACAUGUUUGGUUUCUCCUACCCUGAAGUCAGAAAACUCAUAAAGGGAAUAUCGAAAUCCAGAUUCAUAUCUGGAAUGUCGACUAGCAAGUCACUGUCUGACAGAUAUCAAGAUUUGCCUGCUGGCUACAGACCAGUUCGUGUUGACUGGAAGGACCUUGAUAAGUGCAACGUCUGCUAUAUGGAUGAGGAAUAUGAAAACAAUCUCUUCUUGCAGUGUGAUAAGUGUAGAAUGAUGGUCCAUGCUAGGUGCUAUGGGGAAUUAGAACCUGUCGAUGGUGUACUGUGGUUAUGUAACUUGUGCCGUCUUGGAGCUCCCGAGUUUCCACCCCCUUGUUGCCUUUGUCCUGUUAUAGGGGGUGCCAUGAAGCCUACAACAGAUGGGCGAUGGGCUCAUCUUGCUUGUGCCAUUUGGAUACCUGAAACUUGUUUGUCGGAUGUGAAGAGAAUGGAGCCCAUUGAUGGUCUAAAUAGAAUAAACAAGGAUCGAUGGAAACUUCUAUGUAGUAUCUGUGGUGUAUCUUAUGGUGCUUGUAUUCAGUGUUCAAAUUAUAAUUGCUGUGCAUCAUAUCAUCCACUUUGUGCACGUGCUGCUGGCCUUUGCGUUGAGUUAGAGGAUGAAGAAAGAUUAUAUCUGCUUUCUAUGGAAGAUGAUGAAGAAGAGCAAUGCAUUCGUUUAAUUUCCUUCUGCAAAAGGCAUAAACAGCCAACUAAUGACCGUCAAAUUGGGGAUGAACGUAUUGGUCGAGUUUCUCAUCGUUGCUCUGACUAUGUUCCAUCAUCUAAUCAAUCUGGUUGCGCUCGCACAGAGCCUUACAAUCAUUCUGGACGAAGAGGACGCAAGGAACCUGAUGCCCUUGCUGCUGUAUCCUUGAAGCGCCUGUUUGUGGAGAACCAGCCUUACCUUGUUGGUGGUUAUUGUCCGAAUGAAUCAUCGCGGGUUUCACUUCCUUCAAGUGGUGGUGCUGGCACUCGAUUCUCUUCUACCCUACAAAGGCUAAGAGCCUCUCACUUUUCUGUUCCAAACAACAUUCUUUCUAUGGCUGAGAAAUAUAAUUACAUGAGGCAAACCUUUCGAAAGAGACUGGCAUUUGGCAAGUCAGCAAUUCAUGGAUUUGGCAUCUUUGCAAAGCAUCCGCACAGGGCGGGAGACAUGGUGAUUGAGUACACGGGUGAACUUGUUCGACCUCCUAUAGCUGAUAGGAGAGAACAUCUAAUAUACAAUUCAUUGGUGGGUGCGGGUACUUACAUGUUUCGAAUUGAUAAUGAACGAGUUAUUGAUGCUACAAGGGCAGGAAGCAUUGCUCAUCUGAUUAAUCACUCAUGCGAGCCCAAUUGCUACUCCAGAGUCAUAAGCGUGAAUGGUGAUGAGCAUAUCAUUAUCUAUGCAAAGCGAGAUAUUAAAAGAUGGGAAGAACUUACCUAUGAUUAUAGGUUUUUGUCAAUCGACGAACAACUACCAUGCUACUGUGGUUUCCCACGAUGCCGUGGUGUGGUUAAUGACAUUGAAGCUGAGGAGCACAUGGCAAAGCUUUCUGCGCCUAGCAGUGAAUUGAUAGACUGGACGGGAGAUUGAAAGAGAAAUGCCUCCAUCAAUUAUGGCUCUGGUUUCCUCUGUUCACUCUGCCCCCGCCUCCUUCAUCGGCUGCCAUUUUGUUCAGGCUAAUGGGUCUAUAGUGCUCCUUUGUAAAGUUACCUCAAGUCAUUCUUCUUCUUCUUCAAAUCGUCGGAUCUUCCUCAUCAUGAAGUAAAUGACGAACCUCUGCUAUUCUUCUCUCCAGUUUGCAAGCCUUUCAGCAGGAAAAAGCUGGCUGGGACAGGAAAAUAGCUAAUACGCAUUACUUACAAGUACCUGCUCAUCAUCUAGUACAGUCUCUCCUCACCAUGUAACCCUCCAGCAACUGUUAGCUAAGUGUUGAUUUCUAUGCAUCGACGUGCCCGAAGCUCGCCCAAAUCGUGCGCAAGGAAGUGGUGAAUGCAGUCAAGGCUGAGAUGCGGAUGGCUGCCUCAUUGUUGCGCCUGCACUUCCAUGAUUGCUUUGUCAAUGGAUGUGAUGGAUCUUUGCUGCUGGAUGGGACUGAUGGUGAGAAGUUUGCCAGGCCUAACUUGAACUCAGCUAGAGGAUUUGAAGUGGUGGACUCCAUCAAAAGGGCAGUGGAAAGCCAGUGCAGUGGAGUUGUAUCCUGUGCUGAUAUUCUUGCUCUAGCUGCCCGCGAUUCGACCCUCUUGAGUGGUGGGCCGUCUUGGAAAGUCCCGCUUGGGAGAAGAGAUGGGCUGGUGGCUAAUCAGACCGGAGCCGGUGAUCUUCCAGGCCCAUUCGAUAACCUCACCUUGAUCAUCGCCAAAUUUGCUGCAGUUGGCCUUGAUAGCCUCGUUGACGUCGUCUCCUUGUCAGGUAGUCACACGAUUGGACAAGCAUCAUGUGCGACGUUCAGCAACAGGCUGACGAACUUCUCCGGCACCGGAGCUCCGGACCCGACGUUGGAGUCCAGCAUGCUCUCCGACCUCCAAAGCUUGUGCCCGGCGAAUGUCAACGGCAACCCGACCACCGCUUUGGACAGGGGAUCGACGGACUUGUUCGACACUCAUUACUUCCAGAACCUGGUCAACAACAAAGGGCUUCUCAGCUCCGACCAGAUCCUGUUCACCGGCAGCGAGGCUGCCACCGCCGCGGCGAGAAGCCUCGUCCAGAUUUACAGCGUCAACCCGGGGAGAUUCUUCUUUGACUUCGCUAAUUCCAUGGUCAGGAUGGGGAAUAUUGGGCCUCUGACUGGGUCUAAUGGGGAGAUUAGGAGGAACUGUAGGGUGAUUAAUUCAUGAGUGGUUAGUGGGUUAUUGGAGUUAAUGACGUUUUAGUGGUAAAAUGGUUACUAGUUGACUAGUUGGAUUAGCAUUGUUAUGAUUUGAGCUUUUAAGGUUAUGGUGGUCUGUGUUGUUGAUGAUGUUUGUGUUGUAAGUUUGCAGUUGUAAGAAGUUAUGUAACAUACAACUCGUUGUAUGAACUAUCUUAUUAUGAAGAGAUAUUAUUGGCCGAAAUUAAGGU